AUGUCUCCCCAUCAAGACAACUAUCAACACUUGCCGGCGAAUAUCGGUGUGUUCCACUCCGAGCGCCUCCUCGACUUUUCUGACGAAAGUAUCAAUAUUGGCGUUCAAAAAUCACAGAAACAACUUGCAUGCGCAAAAUUUCAUACCCAAAAGCUACGAUGUGUUCGGAAGUCAUCUGGUGAACAUGCCUGUGAUCGUUGCCAGGCUACCAACGUCGAGUGCGUUGCCAGACAGCUACAGCGUAUGGGCAGACCAGCAGACUACUGUCGCCGCAAGAAUCAUAAUGGCAGCGCCAGCAUAAAUGGUGCUCGGUACAAAAAUAAAUACCAAUAUGGCGGUGCAAGUCGUAAAAUUGUUAGCACGACAAGUUCCGGGAGUGAAUCGAGACAUUUGUCCGUGGUGGAUAGUGAUUGCGGGGUUGUAGCGUUGUCUCCUUCAGCUGACGGUGACUCCACAUCUAGCUGUAGGGGUGCCGGCGCUGGUGUUGAAUUCGCUGAACUAUCUCCGAAUAAUAUUGGUGUUGCCAUGUGCCCGCCUGUGGACGUAUCUGUGGAGAAAAACAAAAACGUGGGUAAAAGUAGCAGCAAUGAUAGCAGCAGCAGUACUAUUGUGACACAAAUCACUCCAACCUCAUACACGGGUUCGGAUCUUGAUAUUUGGUCGUCGUGGGCAGUCCCAAAUCAACUAAAUUCUUAUGCGAAUUCUCCCUUUGCUGGGCUAGAAAAUUCAAACUCUUUGUUCCCACAGUACAACGAUUUGCCGGCAAGCUUCUUUGCUCAUGGUGUUGAUACGACUAUCAUCGGAGCAAGCACAGAACCAGAUAGCAUCACAGAUUUACAGUCACAACUUGACGAUACGCCCAACGAUCCAGUCGAACAACUCACCAAGCUACACCUCGAAUUAUAUCGCUGUCUCACCUCUGUCAAAGCCCAAUUAUUCCAAACCACAGAACGAUUCAUCGAUGCCUUAACAAGCUAUGUCGACAAGAACCUACCUCCAAGCAAUACUGAAGCCGUGUCAGCUAGCCUCAUCAGCAGUUCAGAUAACCAGGAGCUAAUGACCACCGACGAAGCCGACACAGCCACAGGUCUCAUGAUCUGCGUCUCCUCCAAAUUUUCGACGUCGUGGUCUUCAUCAUUGAAACCCACCGCGAUUUCCAAUGUCCAGGGAAGUUAUGUCGAGAUACGCUUUGGGUCUUUCGCAGCUAAAACUGAUCGCAUGCUCUCGGCCCGCUUGCUCGGUCAAUAUUUACUGCAUCUUCUUUGUGGAAUUUCUGAGGCAGUUAAAAAAGCUAUCGCCUCCCGCCAGCCGUAUGCUCGUGCGAUUGUCGAUGCGCGGAGAGUGGAGGCGAAGUUAAAAGAGCGCAUUGCGAUUACAUUCCACGAUCCUUGAGGGAAAAGAAUUUGUUUAGACAAGCAUCUCGUUUUUGGAUCGAAGAACUUCCGUUGAGGUAGAUCCAAGGACUUGAGAGAGGUUGAAAUGUUCGUCAGAUGAUGCAUCUUUUGCGCAAAGGGUAUUCUACGGGAUACUGCAAGGCCGAAAAUGCUGGGAAGAGCGUAACAUCUUGUUUAGAAUUUAUUUAUUUCUACCUUUCAUCUUAUGCUAGUGCUCAACGAAUUCCUAGGAUUCAAUCUGUUCAAAUUCUAUGUGAUCUCAACCCAUUUAGUUGUUA